CAAAGACACACACCUCUUUCCCUGAGUAUUCGCUAGGUGAAGCGCUCCGUCGGACUAACCAGAUCCACUCAUGAACACCAACGUCCUGCAGAAACACGGUGUGUUUCUGGAAAUAAACCACAAGAACUGCUGUGUGUUCCGGGAUGACUUCAUUGCCAAGGUGUUGCCUCCAGUGUUGGGGCUGCAGUUUGUGUUUGGGCUCCUGGGCAAUGGUCUUGCUCUGUGGAUUUUCUGCUUCCACCUCAAGUCCUGGAAAUCCAGUCGGAUUUUCCUUUUCAACCUAGCGUUGGCUGACUUUUUCCUCAUCAUCUGCCUGCCGUUCCUGACAGACAACUACGUGAGGAAAUGGGACUGGAGGUUUGGGGACACUGCCUGCCGGCUGAUGCUCUUCAUGUUGGCCAUGAACCGCCAGGGCAGCAUCAUUUUCCUAACAGUGGUGGCCGUGGACAGGUAUUUCCGGGUGGUCCAUCCCCACCAUGCUAUAAACAAGAUCUCCAAUCAGACAGCCACCAUCAUCUCCUCCGUGUUGUGGGGCAUCACCAUUGGCCUGACCGGUCAUCUCCUCAGUAAAGGCUUCCUCACCCCAAACAAUGGUGCAUAUUUGUGCAGCAGCUUUAGCAUCUGCAAAGGCUUUGGGUGGCAUGAGGCCAUGUUCCUCCUGGAGUUCUUCUUGCCCCUGGGAAUCAUCCUGUUCUGCUCCGCCAGAAUCAUCUGGAGCCUGCGGCAGAGGCAAAUGGAUAAGCACGUGAAGAUCAAGAGAGCCAUUCGCUUUAUCACAGUGGUAACCAUUGUCUUCGUCAUCUGCUUCCUGCCCAGUGUGGUCGUCAGGAUAAGCAUUUUCUGGCUCCUGCACACAGUGGGGGUACAGGAUUGUAGCCUCUAUCGUUCGGUUGACCUGGCAUUUUACGUGACUCUCAGCUUCACCUACAUGAACAGUAUGCUGGACCCGCUGGUGUACUACUUCUCCAGCCCAUCUUUCCCCAACUUCUUCUCCUCCAUGAUCAACCGCUGCCUCCGGAAGUCAACAGGUGAGCCAGAUAAUAACCGGAGCACAAGCAUGGAGCUCACGGAGGAUCAGAACACCAGCAGAAAUGCUCCAGAGGCUUUAAUGGUUAACUCCAGUGAGCCAUGGAGCCCCCAACAUCUGACCCCCACCUCUCCUUAAAUAAACCCAGCCAAGAAGCAAGAUUGUCACCAAGAACCAUGAUCUCCGGAUACACAGUUUAGGUGGUGCACAGAGUGACAUCACUGGACUUGGCCCAAGGUUUCCUGGGACUUCCACAUUCAGAAAAUCAGACUUAGAGAAACAGUGUGGCCAAGUGAGCUGCUUGGUUGCAGGAUGUCACAACAGAAAUCUUGGGGAGAAGGGAGAAGAAGGCUUCCAGGCUUCUGUAACUCUUGCUUAAUCUCUGACACCCACAGGACUGAAGAUGGCAAUGUUUCCAACAUUUCCGCUGAGCAGAGUCAGAGGCAUAGAGAAGCCCAUUGGCACCUGUGACUCACUGGCCUCCUUGCUUCACCUGCCUGAGACUUGGAUGGUUCUCAGCUCCUGGGGCAACAUCUAGCAUGUUUGUGGACUCCAGCUGGGAGAAGGCGAACUAAGUGAUUGGAGGGGAGCUAUGUUUCUCCUGGAAGGAGCCUAGACAUCCUUGAACAAGACAAUAGGUUGUUUGGGUUUGGUGAGACCAAUUCAUCUUUCAGCCACGCUGUGGCAGAAACAGACUAGGCAAAGACACUCACAACCUUUGGUUAAUAUCUGAGUUGCCAGUGGAGGUAAGAAGGCAAUGAACCCCAGGAGAGACUGAACUAAGCAACGUUAUUAAGGGGAAGGAAACAGUCUUUGUGCUUCAACCAGCAACUAAUCCAUUCCUCUCUUGUUUACACUGAUUUGAGGGUUGAGCCGUUAAAAGGACUCCAGGAAAGAAAGCAUCUUCCCACCUCUGUUUGCUUUUCCCAUUAAAAGGGGAGUAUGCUGCUGCCCAAUGGUCAAAGGUGGGGAGAGUCCCCCUGGUUCCACGGCUUACCACUUGUGUGUUUCUGUACUUAGAAUAAAUCUACCCCUUCAAUAAACUUU